GCGGCGGCGGAGCCUCCCCGGGAGCUGCUGCUCAGUCUGUCUCGGGUACCUUUCAGACCUGCGGCGGCAGGAGGAGCGCGGGGAGCUGCUGCAGCCGCUGCUCUUCGUUUCGCUGGUGCUGUGCUCCGUCCUGCUGCACUUCAGGGUGUCCCUGAUGGAUCCGGGUUUUGUUCAGCCUGAGGAGGAAGCGAAGGCAGGGGAGGGUGAAGGACAGAGCCUGGUGCUCCCCCAGGUCCCUGGUGACAUUAAGUUGCGACGCUGUGGCUACUGCUUGGUCAAGCAGCCACUGCGAGCCAAGCACUGCCAGCUGUGCCAGCACUGCGUCCGGCGCUACGACCACCACUGCCCCUGGAUUGAGAACUGUGUAGGAGAGAAGAACCACCCCCUCUUCAUGGUCUACCUCAGUGUGCAGCUUGUGGUUCUGCUGUGGGGAACCCACGUUGCUUGGUCAGGCCUCUACUUUGAACAGUCCUGGGAAUGGCUGCAGCACAAUAUUUUCCUCCUCAUGUCCUUCUUCCUGAUGGUCAUAUUCACCAUUGUGGUCCUGCUGCUGCUUGUUUCCCACCUGUACCUGAUCUCAUGCAACACAACCACCUGGGAGUUCAUGUCAAGCCAUCGCAUCUCCUACCUGCGCCACUCCGAGCUGGAGAAUCCCUUUGACCAAGGGAUAAUCCUCAACCUCUGGAGAUUCUUCUGUUCACGUCACCUCACUGCAUGGGAGAAAAUCUACUUUCACAGGAAGAGUGAACCUGUCUAG